CAGAGAAAGAGAUCAGACUCAGAACCCAGCUGUGUUUCCAUGAAGAGUGAUUGGUCUAUGGGUCAUCCUUUUCACUUUAAAACUGGAAACCCCUCACCUGUACACAGUGAACUGCAGAGAAAGAGAUCAGACUCACCAGAACCCAGCUGGGUCUCCAUGAAGAGUGAUUGGUCUCUGGGUCAUCCUUUUAAUUUUAAAAAUGGAAACCCCUCACCUGUACACAGUGAUUUACAGAAGGCAGGAGACAGAAGAGAAAAGAUCAUCACAGAUACAGGACAUGCCCCAGAAUCUCCUGCUGUAAAUGAAUUCCAGAAAAAGUUCAGAUUAAAUCUGAUGAAGAAGUUUCAGUGUUUAAAUGGAGUGAUAAUAAAGCAGGAAAACCGAGUGCUCCUGAAUGAAAUCUACACAGAGCUCUACAUCACAGAGGGAGACAGUGGAGACGUCAAUAAAGAACAUGAGGUGAGACGGAUCGAGGCAGCGUCCAGGAGAAAAACAACAGAGGAAACACCAAUCAAAUGUAACGACAUCUUUAAGCCCUUAUCUGAAGAAGAUGAACCCAUCAGAACUGUAGUGACAAAGGGUGUGGCUGGUAUCGGAAAAACAGUCUCUGUGCAGAAGUUCAUUAUGGACUGGGCUGAAGGGAAAGCAAAUCAGGACGUCCCCCUCAUAUUUCCACUUCCUUUCAGAGAGCUGAAUCUGAUGAAGGACCAAAAACUGAGUCUGAUGGAGCUCCUUCAUGUCUGUAUUAAGGAAACAAAAGAAACAGAAAUGUCCAGGUUGGAAAAGGUUCUGUUCAUUUUUGAUGGAUUGGACGAGUGUCGUUUCCCUCUGGAUUUCCGGAACACAGUGAGUGUGUGUGAUGUAACUGAAUCAGCAUCAGUGCACAUGCUGUUGAUAAACCUGAUCAAAGGGAAUCUGCUUCCCUCUGCUCUCAUCUGGAUCACCUCCCGACCAGCAGCAGCUGAUCAAAUCCCCUCUGAGUACGUCCAUCGAGUCACAGAGGUACGAGGGUUCAAUGACCCACAGAAGGAGGAGUACUUCAGGAAGAGGGUCUGUGAUCAGAGCCUGGCCAAGAACAUCAUCACACACCUGAAGUCAUUAAGAAGCCUCUACAUCAUGUGUCACAUCCCAGUCUUCUGCUGGAUUUCAGCCGCUGUUCUAGAGAGAAUGUUGGGUGAAGCAGAGAGUGGAGAGAUCCCCAAGACUCUGACUCAAAUGUACACACACUUCCUCAUCAUUCAGACAAACAUCAUCAGAGGAAAGUACUCAAAGAAGCAGGAGAGUGAUGAAGAAAUGCUUCUCAAACUCGGAAAACUGGCUUUUCAGCAGCUGGAGAAAGGCAACCUGAUCUUCUAUGAGGAAGACCUGAGAGAGUGUGGCAUUGAUGUGACAGAAGCAGCAGUGUACUCAGGUGUGUGUACGCAGAUCUUCAGAGAGGAGGUUGGGCUUCACCAGAGUAAAGUGUACUGCUUUAUUCAUCUGAGCGUUCAGGAACAUCUCACAGCUCUGUAUGUGCAUCUGACCUUCAUGAAGGAAAAGAGAAAUGUUCUUGAUCAGAGUCGGCCCUUUAAGACGAUUUCAGAUGUACACAGGAGUGCUGUAGAUCAGACCUUAUCCAGUCAGACUGGACAUCUGGAUCUGUUCCUCCGCUUUCUUCUGGGUCUCUCACUGAAGUCCAAUCAGAAACUCUUACAUGCCUUAGUAACACAGACAGGAAGUAACUCCCAGAGCAAAAAGGAAACAGUUCGGUACAUUAAGGAGAAGAUCAGUGAAGAUCUUCCUGCAGAAAAAUCCAUCAAUCUGUUCCACUGUCUGAAUGAAUUGGGUGACGAUUAUCUCGUGGAGGAAAUCCAACGCUACCUGAAAUCUGGAAAACGAAGGAAACUGUCUCCUUCACAGUGGUCUGCUCUGGUGUUUGUGUUACUGACUUCAGCACAGGAGCUGGAGGAGUUUGACCUGAGUAAAUAUAUCAGUACAGAGAAGAUAACAGAUAAGGUUCUUGUGAAGGUGAUGCCUGUGAUUGCAGCAUCCAGAAAAGCAGUAAUCAGUUGUGAUAGAAUUAAAUGGAGAAGCGCUGAAGCUCUGGUCUCAGUGCUCAAGUCAGAAACCUCCAGUCUGAGAGAACUGCAUCUGACUGUGAAGACACUGGAUCUGUCUCGGAAUAAACUAGAAGACUCAGGAGUGAAGCGUCUCUGUGCUCUACUGGAGAAUCCUCACUGUAAAGUGGAGACACUGGGGUUGUGGGGUUGUGGUGUCGCAGAUGAAGGCUGUGCUGCUCUGAGUUCAGCUCUGAGAUCAAACCCCUCACACCUGAGAGAACUGGAUCUGUCCUAUAAUAAACUGGGAGACUCAGGAGUGAAGCGUCUCUGUGCUGGACUGGAGAAUCCUCACUGUAAACUGGAGACACUGGAGUUGUAUGAUUCUGGUGUCUCAGAUGAAGGCUGUGCUGCUCUGAGUUCAGCUCUGAGCUCAAACCCCUCACACCUGAGAGAACUGAAUCUGUCUAAUAAUAAUCUGGGAGACUCAGGAGUGAAGCGUCUCUGUGCUGGACUGGAGAAUCCUCACUGUAAACUGGAGACACUGAGGUUGUGGGGUUGUGGUGUCUCAGAUGAAGGCUGUGCUGCUCUGAGUUCAGCUCUGAGAUCAAACCCCUCACACCUGAGAGAACUGGAUCUGACUGGGAAUAAACUGGGAGACUCAGGAGUGAAGCGUCUCUGUGCUGUACUGGAGAAUCCUCACUGUAAACUGGAGAGACUGUGGUUGUGGCAUUGUGGUGUCUCAGAUGAAGGCUGUGCUGCUCUGAGUUCAGCUCUGAGAUCAAACCCCUCACACCUGAGAGAACUGGAUCUGUCCUAUAAUUAUAAUCUUGGAGACUCAGGAGUGAAGCGUCUCUGUGCUGUACUGGAGAAUCCUCACUGUCAACUGGAGAGACUGUGGUUGCGUGAGUGUGGUGUCUCAGAUGAAGGCUGUGCUGCUCUGAGUUCAGCUCUGAGAUCAAACCCCUCACACCUGAGAGAACUGAAUCUGACUGGGAAUAAAAUAGGAGACUCAGGAAAGAAGCUGCUCUCUGCUCUUACGGAUGAUAAACAUUACAAACUACAGAGACUCCUUUUCAGGUGUUGAUGAACAUCUCUGUGUGUGAUGAAGACUCUGGUGUUCCUGCAUUUCCAUGUUGAGGAACAGACAACACAUUCAUAAACACAUCAGUCAUUUAGUUCUAACAAAUGAAAGAGACUCGGAGACGUGGUCAGUGUGUGUUCAUGGUGCACAGUGAAUCAGACUGCACACAAUUCUACACUGAAUGUGGAACAACUUGUGAGCUGCAUGAAACUGCCUGGACCUCAGUCCCUUAAAAACCCUGAAAGAGCAGGUGAAAAAGCACAGGGACUCGGACUGAACCCAGUCAGUGGAAGAGGGAGCUGAAAUGGACAGAAACAGUUUCAGGACAUUGGUGGGAUUUUCACCUGACAGGAUUGGCAUUUGAGGAGUUAAUCUGAGGCCCCGAGGAGACUCACCACAAGGCACAUUUAUCACUUUGUCCUUUGGUUGGUGUUUAAUGUAGUUUAGAUCUUUUUGUUACAGGAUCAGACAGAAUCUGUUCAUAAUUUUCUCUGAUAGAUCAGUGCCCUCUCUUAAUUUAGUAUACACUACUUAGGCCACACCAAUUUAAUUAGUUGGUUCUCGGAUUUUUUCAGGAAAAAUAUGAAGCGAGCGAGCGAAAUAAAAAUAAAAUUAAAAAAAUGCUCUGAUGGUAAAAUUAGCAGUGGAAAUACAGGGCUUUCAUAAUCGAGAAACAAAACAAAGACAAUACAUUAUUGUUACACAUUUCAUAUGGCUCUUUUAAUAGCUUAUCUUAUUUGUCAUUUAAGAAUUGGUGAACCUAGGCACCAAGAAAACUGGCUGUAGGAUUGAGGCAGAAUUGCAAAAUGCAUGAAAUAUAAUGUAGAUUCUGUAGGCCUACAUUCAAACUCAUUUUUCUGUCACAAAAACAGUUUAUCACAGCAACGGGUGACUAAUAGCAUUAGAACGACAAGAUCACGCUGUUUUACCAGAUAUGCGGAUGGUAGCCUGUGUGACUAAAACUCCGCAAUCAAUUUAACUGAGAUGAAUAUUCAUCAACGUGCAGUUAGGUGAAUCGGGCUAGAGUAAGAGCAGAUUUUUUUGCAUGAGAAACAGGAGGUGUGUUGCGUGAGGGCAUGAAAGGGCAGUCAUACGCAUGUGUCUCACGCUCACUACAUAACAGUCGGCAGUCCUGCUCAAGAGGGAUGCUACCCAGAAAAAAUGAACAAGGGAAUAAACCCAGUAGGCCUACAGUAAAUUUGUGUCAUUUAUUGUCCUUGUCAGCAGGGCUAGCUCUGGUUGCACGUCUUUUAUCAGGCAAACCAGUAAACAGAUAGGCUAAAUAAACGAUUGAAUUACAGUCAAUUGAACAUCUGCAAUGCACAGAAAAAAAGAUUUGACCAGGAGUAGGCUACUUCUGAUGGCUAAAUACUUCGAAUAAGUUUUUGUUUGCCCCUCACAUCAAACAAUGAAAUACAUAAAUCAAACCCACCUCCACAGAGUUGUUGUCCAAGUUGGCACAUCGCAGGGUAACAAGCUCACGACAUCUUGAGUACAACUGUGCAAAGUUUUCCCCCUCUUGAAUUUCGACACACCUGUCAAAGAUUUUACGCUUCUGUUCGCUGAAUAUCCUAACAAUCACAAACACAGGCUUUGCAGGAUUCCCCUCCACAGGCAUGUUUCUUCCACAAGUCUUUAUCUAAAGUGAAAGGGGCGAUUUGACUGGUUUUCGACGUCACGUGACCUCAACCUGCAGUUUUUCUGUUGGUGGUAGUUUGAUUUCGAUUUUUUUUUUCAUUUCGCAUUUUCUUCAAGCGGCGAUUCCGAGAACCAACUAAUCGAAUUGGUGUGGCCUUACAGUAUUUUUACAAAUU